AUGCACCUGGGGGUCCUUGGGGGGGCCGGGGGGGGCAUUAAAAAGAAAACAAACUACAAGUCCCGUGAUGCCCCGCGCGGCCGCACCCGGAAGAAGGAGCGCGCGAACUACACCUCCCGCCAUGCCCCGCGCGCCCGCGCAGGCGCGGCGGCGGCGGCGCGCGUGCGCAGGCGCGGCGGGGCACCCCGGAAGCGGCCGGAGAGGCGGAGCGGCCGCGCCCGGCACGGCCCGGCCCGGGCUGCCCCGCGGCGGCCGCGGCGGCGCCGGCCGUGCCAUGCGGCGCUGAUGGAGCCCAACGCCUUCCCCCAGCUGCAGCUCUGGUGCCCGCGGCCCUUCGGCACCUUCUCCCAGAACAAGCCAUGCUCCCCCUCACCCUCCUCAUCCUCCGGGGCCCCGCGCGGCUGCCGCCCCUCCGAGAACACCCCCCCGCCGCCCGCCGAGCCCGGCCCGGCGCCGCCGCCGGCAGCGCCCGAGGACGGCCGGGUGCUGCUGGACACCUGGUACGUCAUCAAGCCGGGCAACACCAAGGAGAAGGUGGCUUUUUUCGUGGCCCACCAGUGCGGCGGCACCGGCCGCGCCAGCACCAUGAAGGUCAAGGGCCACUGGGGCAGCGACAGCUCCCGGGCCAAGCGGCGCCGGCGCUGCCGCCCCGAGCCCCAACCGCGCGGCGACGCCCCUAAGGAGCCCCCCAGGGACCCUCCCGGCGACGCCGGCGCCGGGGACAGGCCGGACCUGCUGUCGGUGGCGGAGAUGGUGGCGCUGGUGGAGCGGCGCGCGGCGCUGGCGCUGCAGAGCAGCGCGCCCGCCCCGCUGGUGCUGCUGGAGGCGCCGGGCGGCCCCGAGUGCCGGCGCGUGGCGGCGGCCGUGGCGCAGUUCGAGCGGCAGCAGCAGCAGCGGGAUCGCGGCGCCGAUUCGAGGCCUAACGGGCUGUGCCGCGGCGGCGCCGAGGGCGGGGGCGGCGCGGCGGCGCCCGGCGAGGUGCGCAUCGCCUUCCGCAUCUCCAGCGGGCGCGAGGCCGGCGCCGAGCGGGGCGCGGCAGAAGGACCAAUCACCUGCGACCUGUACCGGCUGGUGAGCCCCGUGGGGCUGCUGCUGGCCGCCGCGGGGGACAAGGACGGCGCCGACGAGGCGGCCACGGCGACGGAACCGAGCGCCGGCGAGGAGCCGGCGCCGCCGCCACCCGGGGACUGCGCGUCCGGCUUCCACGUGGACGUGGUGGUGACGGGCGUGGUGGACCAGUGCGUGUUCUUCGGCAAGGACAGCGCCAAGCAGGUGACCGAGGAGACGGUCAGGCUGCCCGACGAGCCGCCGCCGCCCGGGCAGCUCUUCCUGCUGCCCGGCGAGGAGCCGGCGGCGACCGCGGCGGCCGCACCGGGCGGGGAGGGCGGCGGCGGGGACCCGGCGCUGUGCCGGCUGUACCGGCACGUGUCGCACGACUUCCUGGAGAUCCGCUUCAAGAUCCAGCGGCUGCUGGAGCCGCGGCAGUACAUGCUGCUGCUGCCCGAGCACGUCAUGGUGAAGAUCUUCAGCUACCUGCCCACGCAGGCGCUGGCCGCCCUCAAGUGCUCGUGCCACUACUUCAAGUCCAUCAUCGAGACGUUCGGCGUGCGCGCGGCCGACUCGCGGUGGAGCCGGGACCCGCUGUACCGCGACGACCCCUGCAAGCAGUGCCGCAAGCGUUAUGAAAGGGGGGACGUGUCGCUGUGCCGCUGGCACCCCAAGCCCUACCACCACGACCUGCCCUACGGCCGCUCCUACUGGAUGUGCUGCCGGCGCGCCGAGCGCGAGGCGCCGGGCUGCCGCACCGGCCUGCACGACAACAACUGGGUGCACCCGGCGGGCCGCAGGGACGAGGGGAGGUGAGGGCGGGCGGACUCACGGACGGACGGACUCACGGACGGACGGACGGGCCGCGGCGGAAGGGGGAAAGUGGAAAAAAAAAAAAAAGGAUGGAAAAGGAUGGAG